AGUCAUUGGUGCCCCUCCUAAACAGUGGCCUCACCCACUGGGAUGGUUUAUUUUAAAAAGACUAGGAACAUAUAAGAGUGCAACAUUUAUACUUAUUGAGAAGCAGAGCACCAACCAAGGAAAACCAACACGUCACCAGUUCCGCCUCCAGCUGGCUGGAAUCUAGGAAUGGAAAAACAGCCUACAUCAUAUUCAGACAACAGUCCUGGUUACAAUCCAGCUCCAGGCUACCCCAACCAGACUGGCUACCCUCAUGGCCAGCCUUAUGGAGCUCCGUAUCAGGGUCAGGCUCAGGGUCCGUACCCUGGUCAGCCCGCGGUGACUGUGCAGCCUACGAUCUACAUGGCCGCCGCUCCACUGGCUCAGCCCUUGCCUGACUACCUGGGCUACUCCAUCUUCACCCUGCUGUGCUGCUGCUUGCCACUGGGCGUUGCUGCUCUCGUGUUCUCGAUGAAAACUCGAGAUGCCAACACGUCCGGCAACAGACCUGUGGCCGAGAGAAAUUCACGGACAGCGUUCAUCUUGAACAACACAGCGCUGGGGAUUGGAAUCGUCUUCACUAUCGUGUACAUCGUGCUUAUCGUCAUAAUCAACAUGUCAUACUAAACCACUGUACAUCAUCACCACUAUGCAUCCUCUGCAGUGAAACUAAAGCCAGUUAGAGAUGAAGGAUGUUUCUGAAGACCAUACAAACAGUUGAUGCGUUUAUUUUGCAUAUGCAUUUGUUUAUUACAGAUGAUUAUACAUAAAUCAAUGGUUUAAAGACACUACACAUCUCCUUAUAGACUUUGUAGAAAUGUAUUAAGUGUAUAUAUAUAUAUAUAUAUAUAUAUAUAUAUAUAUAUAUAUAUAUAUAUAUAUAUAUAUAUAUAUAUUUCUUGUGUUCUUAUGCCAUUUCUGAAUUGAACCCAAAUAAAUGGAUCCAAAUAAAUUUCCAACAUGCUUAAAUAAAUAUGAAUUACAGUUCAUAUUUAGAGCUGAAGCCGAUGUCACCAACUGGAUAUGAAUUAAACAUCCUUCUGAUUUCAAAACACAAAAUCAAUGCUAAAUAAAGGCUUUUUGCAAUGA